CUUUUUUACACCAACUCUUCUCUCUUUCUAUCUCUCUGUACAAGCUUAAGCUUAUCUCUCCCCCACCCCACUUGUUGCCUCUGCCCUAUGUUAUAGCCAAAAGGGUGAGAGAGAAAGAAACACAAACAACAAGCAUCGAGAGAAACUAGAGAGAGAAAGAAGUUGAGUGAGUUUAGAGAGAUAGAUAAGAGAAGAAGAUGAUGAACGGUGACUCUCGCAGUGCUCUUGAGGCACAGUACAUAAGGAGACAUCACAAACAUGAACUAAGGGAAAACCAGUGCACUUCUGCUCUUGUUAAACACAUCAAAGCCCCUGUUCACCUUGUGUGGUCGCUGGUUAGAAGAUUUGAUCAACCCCAGAAAUAUAAACCAUUUGUUAGCAGAUGUAUCAUGCAAGGAGACCUUGGCAUUGGAAGUGUUAGAGAAGUGAAUGUUAAAUCUGGCCUUCCAGCCACAACAAGUACUGAGAGGUUGGAACAACUUGAUGAUGAGGAGCACAUUCUUGGCAUUAGGAUUGUUGGAGGUGACCAUAGGCUGAGGAACUAUUCUUCCAUAAUAACAGUGCAUCCAGAGGUGAUUGAGGGAAGACCUGGAACAAUGGUGAUUGAAUCAUUUGUGGUGGAUGUGCCUGAUGGAAACACUAAGGAUGAAACUUGCUACUUUGUGGAGGCUUUGAUCAGGUGUAACCUAAGCUCUCUUGCUGAUGUCUCAGAGAGGAUGGCAGUUCAAGGCCGAACCGAUCCCAUCAACCAUUAAGCAUGUCUGGGGGAGAAUGAAGUUGGUUCAUGAUCCAUUGCUCUCUGAUCUAGUUCCAGUGUGAACAUUGGUUGGAGUAUUCCUUCCAUGUUCCCAGAAGUUUUGGAAGUUUUUCCUCUGUAUCAUGGAUACAAUUCCCCUACCAUCUCUCACAAGUUUUGUAAGAUGAGAUUCUGAGCCUCAUAUGGGGAUGGUUGGGGAAAGUUUUUUACCUGCUCUUUUCUUCCUGGAUUUUGUGAAUGGUGGUUUGUUACUACAGUUGUCUGUAAAUAUUUUCGUUGAGACAAAACCAGUUUCUGCACUCUUUCAAUUUCAUGUUUAGUUGCUACUUUUGCCAGAUCUAUGUACUGGUGCAAGAGAAUUCCAAAUAGUGGAUACUUCCUUGUUA